GGUUUUGGGGCUAUAGAGACAAAAGAUACAGCCCUUGCCUCAAGAAGCUCUUGGUUUCAGUGGGACACAGUGAAAUGAUUACAAUGUACCAUGCUAAGUGCUGUGAUCAAAGCAAGGAUUCUUGGGACUGGUAAAUGUUUAAGAACAGCCCUCAUGCUUGCUGUGCACUAUGACUCACCGGGUAUUGUCAACAUCCUUCUUAAGCAAAAUAUUAAUGUCUUUACUCAAGACAUGUGUGGAAAAGAUGCAGAAGAUUACGCUAUUUCUUGCCGUUUGACAAAAAUUCAACAACAAAUUUUGGAACAUAUAAAGAUGAUACUUAAAAAUGACAAACCAGCAACUCGUGGCAGCCAUUGAUGUUUACUCUGUCUUCAUAGUUUUACUUUUUUCAGAAGAGUCACAUAGUUGGAAUAAUACUGUGGAUAUAUUUUUGAAUAGUUAAAAAAAUUAAAGCUCCAUGGCAAUUGAAGCAUUUUCCAUGAUCUGUGUGUGGAUUUAUUGCCUGCAUUGGAUGACAAAGUCUUGAGUAUUGCUGCUAAG